AUGUUAUCAUGCUCGUGCACGCUCGUCCUCGGUUUCCAAGCGCCGGCAAAGACGAUGACGUUCGACGCGCCGGCUCCCGCGCUAUUUGACCGUGCUCUCGUGCCUGGUCGCUCGAUCCAUGUUUGGCUUCCGCCCGGCUACCACCAGCAGCCUCGUCGGCGCUAUCCGACCCUGUAUGUGCAUGAUGGGCAGUGCUGUCUCUCCAACGAUGAGGGCGGUAGCAGCGGCGGCGGCGGCGAAGGCAGCCGGUGGGACCUCAACUGCGCGCUCUCGCGCCUCGUCACCGCCGGCGAGAUCUCGCCGGCGAUCGUUGUGAUGCUGGACUCGUGCGGAGGCGGCCAUCUCCUUGACAUGGACCUGCCGCUCGGGCCAGAGAUGCCGCCCGUGCCGCUGCUCAGGCGGAGGUGGCUCGAGUACGGCGACAAUCCGCUCGGCCGCAAGUACAUCGGCUACGUCUGCGACGUCGUCAAGCCCGCCAUCGACGCGAAAUUCCGCACCCUGCCGUCGCCGGAGCACACGUCGGCGAUGGGCAGCAGCAUGGGCGGCCUCUGCGCCUUUCUGAGCGCGUGGCGCCGGCCCGAUGUGUUCGCGCACGCAGCCUGCCUCUCGCCCGUCUUUCAGCUGCCGCUCAUCACCGAGGUGGCGCUGCGGAGGCGACUGCGGCCGGACGCGCGCCUGUACAUCGACAACGGCGGCGACACCGAUUCACGCAAGGUGCCGCUCAUCGAGCUGGCCGAUGGGUUCGACCCGGUCUGGCAGCUCGGAGCCUGGUACCUCGACACCAGCCUGCAGCCGGGCGUCGACGGGAUGUGCGCGGCUCUGCGCACGCAAGGCGUCCCGUUCAAGUACCAUCGCGAGGCAGGCGGACGGCACAAUGCCCGCGCGUGGGGCGGGCGCGUGGAGCGACCGCUGCGCACGCUGCUGCCGCCCGACUCGUAA